AGAAUCGUCAAAACCAAACUAUCAGAUAUGAAAGACAAAUUUAAGAGUGUUUCUAAAUUGACAGCAAAAACUAAGAUGGUUUACAUACCAAGAUUAAACGAGGAGGGAAAAAAUGCUGUUGCAGAAAUUCGUUCUUUUGAAAAAGAUUUACAGAAAUUAAUAGAGACAAAGGCAGAUAUCAAAGUCAAUGAGGUUGAGGAUCAAAGCAAGUGGAAACUAGAGGAGUUACAAAGUGUUUGGCAAAAUAAAGACAGAGUUCACAGAAAACAAACAUCUGUUUAUGAAAGUCUUGAAACACUUAUGAUAGAAGAAUACCCUGUCUCAUUUGUGGUGUCUUAUCAAACUCUAAAGAGGGAUGUGUGCGAUUUGACAAGUGAGGCAAAGGAUGAUACAGAACCAUACCACAUACAAGCGCCAGAUUUGAAAGGAUUUCUCGAUGAAACCAUUCAUUCCUUACAUGAGUAUAGAAAAGUUUUAGAAUAGAAGAUAUGCUGGGAAUGUGCAACAUACUCUUCAAAGAAAAGAAAGCAGAAUAUUGACGUACAGAGUUCUAAUAUAUAUAUAUAUAUACAUUAG